AUGAUCAAGGGUAUCUUCUGGAGUCCUCAAGAUGUGACUGAAGAGGUAGUUGUUGAACUUGUUGUUGACUAUCUAGGAGUGUCACAGGGUCAGGCACAGUCACAUGUUCGUAGCUGCAGGGGGUCGUAUUACAAGUUGGAGUGGUUAUACGAUUUAUUCGUACAGCAUAGAGCUGCUUCCAGCUGGACAUAUGCGACCAGAGCAUAUCUAUUGAUGUUGGUGGGUUCCACCAUAUUUGCUGAUAAGACCUUUACACUUGUAGAGGCACGAUACCUCCUCCUGUUUACGGACUUGGAUAGAUGUUCAGGAUAUAGUUGGGGAGCAGUUGCACUAGUUACCAUAUACAAAUAUCUUGGAGAUGCGUCCAUGUACAGUUGCAAACAGCUCGGUGGAUAUCCUACUCUCCUACAGUGCUGGAUUCACGAAUACUUUCCAACUGUUGGAAAAAGAGGGGAGAAUUGGAAACCUGCUGAUAACUGUGGUCUUCCCCGAGCGAUGAGAUGGUCAUAUAGGCAAGGAGUCCUGAAGGUUGAUGAUUUACGACCUAUUUUGGACGAGCUGACACCUGCCGACGUCAUAUGGCGCCCAUUUGAGGAUCAUAGAGCAUGGCGUCUAUUUGAUGAGAUAUGUCUUUACAUGGGCUGUUUGAAGUGGGGUGAAACAGUUGUUCCAUACAUGCCUGACAGAUGUUUACGUCAGUUCGGAUAUGAUGUUUUCGAGUUUGGUUUAGUGGAGAAAUAG